UGCGCAUCCCUCCGUUGUUGCUCCUCCUGGCCUGUGCGCGAGUGCACGGCUACAAUUCGGGUUUAGUGACUGCCAGCUGCGAUGACAUGACGCCAAACCAUCAAGGAUCAAGCCCAUCAUCAAAUCCGCCACCAUUCACAAUCACAGUCGAUCGAUCCGACUACAGCGAAGGAGAUGAAAUUACAGUCUCUCUCAGGGCAAACUCAACGCCAUUCCAGGGUUUUCUGUUACAAGCAAGAGAAGUAGGAGGAAGCAGUCCUGUUGGGUCUUUCUCUGCGUUGGGAGCUGAAAGUAGACUCUUGGAAUGCGGCGGAUUGUCUAACUCAUCUGUUUCUCAGUCAUCGGGUGGCCAGAAAACCUCAGUUCAGAGCAAAUGGAUGGCUCCUCAGUCGGGACAGCUCAAAGACAUAGAGUUCAGAGUCACAUUUGUACAAAAUUAUCCUAACUAUUGGGUUGGGAUCAAAAGCCCAGUGGUAGUGUACAACAGCAGGUCGCCAGUGGGGAGCACAUUCUCAAAUGUACCUGUCUCCAGUGCUGGCUGUGGAGAAAGUAAGGUCUGCUUUAGCAAACCCAAUGACUGUGAUCCUGCCAGUAGCUCUGACUGUCACUUCAUGUCUGCCAUGGCAUCACCUGCUGAUUCAUCAGUGAAGUUUGAGAUAUACGGUAGAUCAACAGGGUACAUCGCGUUUGGAUUCUCUGAUGAUCAGCUGAUGGGAAAUGAUGACAUUUACAUAUGCGGAAUGGAUAGCAACAGUACUAUUCAAGUACAGCAUGCCUAUUCUACAGGAAGAAGGGCUCCACAAAUCCUACCACUGGGAAAUGUUUCUGACAUUAAAACAUCAUUUGUGGACGGAGUUAUCAGCUGUAGCUUUGUAUCCAAGAAUGCCAUCAGUACCCAGAGGAGUACAGUUGGAUCUGUCUACUACAUUUUGUUUGCCUAUGGCAGCACAAAUAAUGGUGCACUCAUGUAUCAUGGAACGUCUACAUUUAUUAGCGAUCAAAAAAUAAACAUCACCAGACCUCAAGUCGUCACCAAGGCACAGCGACCUCAAAUUAUGAAAGCACACGGUGCUCUGAUGUUGAUUGCUUGGAUGACUACGGGAAGCCUUGGCAUGCUAAUAGCACGCUAUCUCAAGGCUGUCACCAAGGGAAGAGGGUUCUUUGGUAAAGAUCUGUGGUUUCUGGCUCAUGUAUCUCUGAUGGGCCUCUCUGUGAUUGCCACCAUCAUUGCGUUCAUUUUGGCUUUCUCUUUUGUCAAAGGUUGGAGUGGGGGGUCACACCCAGUACUUGGCUGUUUGGUUAUGAUCUUGUCCUUUAUUCAGCCUUUUGCAGCUCUUUUUCGCUGUGGGCCACAACACUAUUGGAGAUUUGUUUUCAACUGGUUUCACUUUUUGAACGCUUUAGCAAUCAAAGGCCUGGCAGUGGCAGCCAUAUUUACAGGCUUGUAUAUGAUGGACAGUUCCCAGGAGAAGUGGAUGCAGAAGGUGAUGGGAGGGUUUGUGGCCUGGGAGGCACUGUUAUUUGCCUUGCAAGAUCUUCAUAUGAGGUGGAAACAAAAAGAUGAAGAUGGAGAUGGAAAUGUCUUUGGAUCUGUACACACCGAGGUGAUUCUCCUGGUAGUGUUUUUCCUGGGAAACCUGGCGUUUCUUAUUGCCCUGCUGGUUGGUAUUGGAAUUGCAUAGGCAUUCAAAGCAGCAGAGAAGACCACACACACAACUUUAUCCUACCGACUUGUCAAUUUAUUAGUGUGCUUGCUGCAAGCAAAGCACACUAUUGUUAUCCGUGCGUUUCAUAUUAUUAUUACAUAAUGUCAUCCAGCCAAAUUUAUUUUCAAAUAUAUGAUUAAUAAACUCUGUU